UGCACAUAUCUUAAAAACGAUCAGCUAAAGAGCAGCUUUGGCUCUCUCAAUCUAAACAAAAGCCCUCCAGCUGAAAGCUUCGCUUGCUUUGGCAGAAGAAAUCGAAAAAAUAUAUUUCAAGCUCGAGUCAGUAGCGCAGUUCCCAAGCCCGAGGUUAGUGCUCGAGAAAUCCGAAAAACACCAUGGAUAUCUUAUCGAAACUUCUCCUGGUCGCCGGCCUGCUCAUGCUUAAUUGGCAGUGGGUGGCAGCCACGCCACAGCGUCCUACUCCGCCCACCACCCCGAGAAGCCAAGCCGGCGGGGUAUCCAUCUCCCCACCGUUGAUACCGAGUGUCAACCCCACGGAUAUUUUGGUCCAGAGUAUCUUCAACAUCUCCCCAAGUUGUCGGGAAGGAGAGAUUCGGGCGGGUCCACGCGGCAUGUGUCAUCGCAUCGCCUAGGAGAUAACCUCUGCCUGGGAAUUUAAAGAGGUUAAGCUAUUUUGGAGUCACCUCGUUAGUUGACCAGUAAUUGCCAGAUGAAAACGUGCCACAAGCUGCGUUUUUAUUGAUACUAAAAUGUAUUAAACAUACGAACAAAUAAACUAAUCAAAAAUCAUUUAAGUGCA